AUGAAUGAGAAAUGCAGACACACGAGUGUGGCUGCCGCUGGCUGGGAGCUCAGGAACGUGACUCGAAAACAGGGCGAACAGAAGAAUUCCUUGAGCAAACUUAGUCCCGAGAAGAUCUACAUCAAAGUCGUCGAGCUGGAGCCAAAGAUCACGUCGCUGGGCGAGAAUCUCGAAGAGUCCGUGCGCAUGCAGCGGGAGCACGAUGAUACCCUGCGAAAUCUGCAGAGCCUGCCCGGACCGAUGGACGAGUUCGUGCAGAAGGCCGACAAGCUGCUGGCCAGCAAGAGGAUCAGCUCGGAGCUGGUCAACGCCAUGGCCGACACCUUGAACGUCAUCUGGCAGGACAUCCUGAACCUGCUGCAGGACCGGCAGCACAUUCUGCUGCUCUGCACACAGUUCCACGACAAAAUGACGCAGUGCUUCAGGCGCAUGGACCAGCUGGAGAUGGCCUGCAGCGAGACCCAGCCGACCCAGCCGAUGGACGUGCCGCAUGUGCAGGAGUUCCUCAACAGAUUCAAGCAGCUGAGGAUCGACAUGCUCACGGGCGUGAUGGCCGCCCUCAAGGACGGCAACGAGCUGCUCUCGCAGCUGGAGGAGCUCGAGAAGCUGGAGACCCUGGACACGCGGCCCGAGCACAUCAAGCGGGACGCCACGCGGGCCGUCCACCAGGUGCAGCAGUGGCUGGAGGCGCUGCACGACCGCAGGAACGACCUGGAGGUCGCCUGGCAGACGCGCAAGACCCAGAUGGAGCAGUGCCUGGCCCUGGGGCUGCUCGGACGAGAGCUGAUCGACCUGGAGGCGGCCCUGCAGAAGGCCCGGAUGGACCUCAACACCAUGUACAGCCUCGGGGAGUGCGAGCACACGGCCAACGAGAUGCUCGCCCGGUACAGGGAGUGGAAGCAGCAGGCGCUGCUCCUUCGCGAUCGGGCGCUGAAGAUCACCCGCGCCAAGGAGAAGGUCCAGUCGGCGGGUCUCUUUGCGGGGGACGAGGCCUGUGCCCGGGCCUAUGCCGUCCUCAGCGGCUGCACCGAGCACCUGGAUCUGGUGGAUCAGCGCGAGCACUGGCUGCACCAGUCGCGGGAGUUCUUCGCCAAGGCCGAGCACACGCUCAGUGUCCUGGAGAAGCUGGAGCUGGAGCUGGCGAGCGUCAAGCUGCCGCCGAACUCGCCCGAGAGCUAUGCCAUGUUCUCCAAGGUGGAGCGCGACGUGCGAGGCUUCACCGAGGAGCCGCUGCGACUCGGCUACGGCAUCUUGGACGAGGUGGGCCGCACGCAACCGGAGACGCAGGGCGUCAAGCGGGUCCUCGACGAGCUGGAGAACCGCAAGGCCUACAUCGAGGGCAUCUGUGCGCACAGCAGCGAGGACCAGCAGAAGGUGCAGCGAGCCCUCGCCGAGUUCCUCGCCCAGCACAACGAGCUCCUGGCCUGGCUGCGGGCCUCCGGGCAGCUGCAUCUCCAGCAGAGCGUGGACAUGGGCCGGAAUCUGCAGCAGUCGAAGCAGUUCCUCCUGCAGCAUCACGAGCUGAUGCAGGACCUGGAGAUCAAGGGAGAACUCAUCAACCUACUCCUCGAGAGCAUCAAAGUCCACUUGGAGUCGCUGAGCCCUCAGCAGCGCUACGAUGUCGACUCGAAGGCCGAGUCCCUGCACAAGCACUGGAUCGAGCUCAAGGAUCUGGUGCUGAAGCGCGUCGACUACGUCUCCCUGCUGAUCGAGUUCUUCGAGCAGGCCAACGAGCUCUCUAGUCAGCUGGAUCACCUGCAGCGCCAGCUCCAGCAGACGCCCGACGAGCACAAGCUGCAGUUCCUCCAGGCCACGUGGUCCAACAUUAUCCUGGCCUUCGGCGAGCUCAAGUCCCGCGGACAGCGAUUCAUCAACUUGAAAAUUGUGGAUCCAUAUCUCGAGACGAAAUCCUCGACGCAGGCAGUGGAAGAGACGCUGAACGGUUUCAGUAAGCGGCAGUGCGACGUGACGAGCAGUUUGGAGAAUUGGACAACGACCAUCCAGGAGAAGCGAGAAGUUGAAUAUCUGCUAGAGAAAGUCAUGAGCGAUAACGAGGAGACGGUUGCCAAGAGCACCCAAGUGGACACCCAAUUGUAUCCCGUCUUCGGUUCCCCCUCGAUGGACACGAAGCAGCUGCUGUCGGGCAUACGGGAGAAGCUGAGCUUCGUCGGCCAGGACAUUGAGCGGGCCCAGGACGAGAUCCAGCACCGCAUUCAGACCACCCUGAGCAUCCAGACCAAGGACCAGCAGUCGCUGGCCAAAAUCGAGCAGGUGAUCAACAAUCUGCGCAUGCUGAAGGCCCGCCUCGACGGCAUCAAGUACGACUAUCGCACUCUCAUCGAGAGCGUGCUGCUCUUCCUGGAGAACAUUGCCCAGCUGCGGAACGAGAUCGAUGAGUAUUUCGCGAGGCAACAGCAGCAGCCGCACCCCUCUCCAUCCCCAUCCACGGGCAGUGUGGAGCGCAGCAUUGCAGAGCACGAGAGAUUCCGCGAUCAUUGCAUGGAUAAAUUUAGAUCGUUAAUCACACAAUCCGAACUGCUGAUCGAUCGGGUGCGCGUGCUGGAGCCGCCGGGGGCACGCGAAAUCGACACCGAUCGCAUUCUGAAGUUGUUGGAGAUUCUGCGCAUUCACUUCGAGACGCAGUGCAGUGCCAGAAUGUCGUCGCUCGAGCGGCUCGAGAAGAUCGAGCAGUUCCGCAACGAUCUGGAGGACAUCGAUCGGAGUCUGGACAGCGUCAGCAAGCAGCUGCACGACAUCAAUGGCCAGAGUGUCGAUAGUCUGGCGGCGGCCAAGACCACAUCGCUGGCAUUUGAGUAUUUUGAACGUACCAUUGAGUGUUCAAUGCCCAAGCAAUUGAAAUCGACUCGCCAUCAGCAACGCUGGGGCCAAACAGCCCACACUCUCGAGCUGCUCGAGAAGCGCAUUGAAAAGUUCACAGAUUCGACGAGCCAGCAGCUGCUGAUCACGAAUCCCGAAAGCGAACAGUACGUCAAGGAGGAGCUCCGUAAACUCAACGACAAGUGGCAGAGCUUCAAGGAUCAGGUGAAGCAGAAACGAAAGAGCCUCAACCAGGCCACAGAGUUCUUCGAGGUUGUCGAAAAGAUCGAUGCCGAAUAUCGGGAGAUCAGCUAUUUCUACAGCAGCGUCUCCAACAAGGUCCCGUAUCUGCGCGACUCUGUGGAGGCGGCCAACCUCGUCAACGACAUCGAGAACUAUGUCACAAGUCGGGAGCCGGGACUGCGCUCGAAGCUGGACAGUGCCUCGCAGUGCGCCCACGACAUGAGCAAGGUGUCGGCGCUCUACAACGACGUGAUGAACAUCUUCCAGUCCUUCAUCAAGCUCAAAAUGGACAUCAACAUUGUGCAGGAGCGCCUGAACCAGGAGCAGCGGCAGCGGGAGCAGAGGGAGCGCGACUCGCGCGAUCAGGCGGAACGGGAGAAGGCCAUGCGCGAGGCAGAGGCCAGGGAGCGCGCGGCCAGGGAGGAGCAGGCCCGUCUGGAGAGCCAGCGCCAGCAGGCGGCCAUCGAGCAGGCCCAGAGGGAGCUGGUGGCCCGGGAGCUGGCGCUGCGCGAGCAGGCCGUUCGCGAGGAGGAGUCCCGGCUGAAGGCCGUGCGGGAGCAGGCCGCCCGCGAGCAACUGGCCCGGGCACAGGCGGCCCGCGAGGAGGAGAUGCGCAUUCAAACGCUGCGGGAGAUUGCCAAGCGCGAGGAGGAGGCCCGUCUGCACAGCAAGCGCGAGGAGGAGAUCCGAAUCAGGCGCGAGGACGAGUCGCGCGCCAAGCGCGAGGAGGAGGCCCGCAUUCAGCGCGAGGAGAUCACGCGCCUGCAAACACUGCGCGACCAGGUGGACCAGCAGCGCAUCGUCACCGAGAACAUCCGCAAGGACAUCCAGGUGAACUCCAUCUUCACGGAGCUGCGCUACGCCUCGCCGCUGUUCGUGCGCCCCCUCAAGGACGCCGUGACCCGCGAGGGCGACCGAUUCGUGUUCGAGUGCGAGGUCACCGGCACCCCAGAGCCCGCCGUCGAGUGGUUCAAGGACGGCAUCAGCAUCCUGAGCCACGCCGACUACAAGACCAGCCUCGACAAGGGCAUCUGUCGCCUGGUGAUCGAGGAGACCUUCGCCGCCGACUCGGCGCGCUUCAGCUGCCGCGCCUCCAACCUGGUGGGCACCUGCGACACCAAUGCCACGCUGGCAGUGCGCGAGAAUGCCGCAGAGCUGCAGCUGGUGCCGCCCCGCAUCCUGCGGUUCCUCGAGAGCGGCAAGGCCACCGAGGGCAGCUCCUUCCAGUUCGGCUGCAUCGUCGCGGGGGUGCCCCUGCCCACGGUGCAGUGGUUCAAGAACGACAAGUGCAUCGACGACUCGCCGGACUACGUCAUCAGCUACAACAACGGCGAGGCCACGCUCCGCUUCGAGGAGGUCUUCCUCGAGGACGACGCGGUGUACACCUGCAGCGCCUCCAAUCCGGCGGGCAUCGAGCACUGUUCCGCCAGCCUGAUUGUGGAACCUUUGGAGCCCACAGAACUGCCCAGCUUCAAGGUUCCGCUGUCGAAUGCCAUGGCCCGCGUGGGCCAAAAGAUCAAGCUGGAGGCCGUCGUGAGUGGCAUACCCCGACCGGACAUCUGCUGGGUGCACAACGGCAAGCCGUUCCAGCCACGCGAUGCAAAGUAUGAAUACGGCCGCGUAACGCUGAUAAUCCCCCAAACUUAUCCCAACGACGCCGGAUCGUACGUUCUGAGCGCCAAGAAUCUAGCCGGAGAGGCAUACACUAGCUGCAACGUCAUUGUCAAGGGUCGCCUCCCCAACGAAACGUCCGAUUCCGAGAUGGCCAGCGACAUAGAGCCGAUCAAGCCGGCAGUCCACCUGCCGCUGAAGGAUGUCUCCAUUUUCGAGGGCAAGCCCGUGCGUCUGGACUGCGUGAUUGUGGGUCAACCAGAGCCAGAGGUCAUCUGGUACCACAACGAGCGGCCCGUCAAGGAGUCCGCCGACGUCCAGCUGCUGUUCCAGGGCGAUCGCUGCUCGCUGAUCGUCCAGGAGGUGUACCAGGAGGACGCCGGCCACUACAAGGUGGUGGCCAUCAAUUCAGCAGGGGAGACAUCGAGCAGCUGCGAGCUGAAGGUCACGCCGCUGAACCUGCAGGCCGAGCCGGCCACGAGGGCCCAGGUGGAGAGGCAGAGCCUGCCCAAGGACGCGCAGCCAAAGUUCGAGCGCCUGCUGUCCGAUGUGCUGGCCGAUGAGGGCGAACAGGUGGUCCUGGAGGUGCAGGCCAGCGGCGACCAGCCGCUGAGCGCCCAGUGGUAUCUGACCAACAAGGAGCUGCAGCUGGACGAUCGCGUCACUGCCACGGGGGACCCCGAGUCGGGCGUCUUCAAGCUGAUCCUGAACAACGCCAGCGUCGACGACAAGGGCGUCUACACGGUGAAGGUCUCCAACCAGGCGGGGGACGCCAAGUGCUUCUCGCAUCUGAUUGUAAAGUCCGUGAAUGCCCCCGAGAACCGUCGCAGCAGCCAGUCCUCCGUGGAGAUCGUGGAGCGACACGCCUGUCCCGAGUUCAGGGAGCUCUUCAGCGACAAGCAGGGCAGCAUCGACGACGUGGUCAAGUUCGAGUGCAUUGUCAAGGGCAGGCCCACGCCCAAGGUCCACUGGUUCUUCAACGACCAGCCCGUCCACGGCCACAACUUCCUCGUCUCGACGAGCGGCGACCGCCAGGUGCUGACCAUCCAGAAGCUCACCCACGAUGCCGUCGGCAAGAUCAGCUGUGUGGCCGAGAACGAGGCGGGAAAGGCCACCUGUGUGGCCUUCCUGAACAUCAUCGGCAGCGGCCUGCCCGCCUCCAGCGACCUGCAGACCAUGACCCAGGAGCACAACACCGAGUCGUCGCGUGUGACCAUCAAAAAGCAGACCUUCACCACCACCUCCACGUCGCAGGUGAACUCCUACGAGGGCAACGUGCCCCAGACGGAGGUGCACCACUCCUCGGCCCACAUUGACCAGUCGCUGAAGCAGUUGGGCCAGCAGCGGCCCGAGAUCAUGGAGAGCCACCACUACCAGGAGCUGCACAAGAGCAAGGAGAUGACCGCGCCCAGCCUGCAGCAGAAGUCCUUCACGGUCGUUCAGUCGGCCGCCAACGGCGGGGGUCCUUCGCCCCUGCCGGCCAUCACCAUCCCCGACUCCCCCACUCGCCUGCGCAAGGAGAUUGCCCCUCGCUUCACCACGCCCCUCACGGGCAAGAUCGUCGAUCAGGGCGCCGACGUCAGCAUGGAGGCCAUCUACGACGGCUACCCCUCCCCCGAGAUCAAGGUGGAGAAGAACGGCGGCCAGCUGUUCGAUGAUCCGCACACGAAAAUCUCCAAUAAAUUCAAUCGCGUCACCAUCGAGCUCAAGCAGGUGGGCGUGGCCGAUGCGGGACGCUACGCGGUGACAGCCUCCAAUGCCGUGGGCCAAUCGACCAGCACCGCCGAUUUGGUGGUCAAAAAGACCAUCUUUCCGCCAGUCUUUGGCAGGCGCUUGCAGGCACAGGUCGCCAAGAGGGGCGAGAAGCUGAUCAUGGAGGUGGAGGUCACAGGACUGCCAGACCCCACUGUGCUCUGGCUGAAGGACGACAAGCCCAUACAAGAUGCCGGCAUAUCCCCGCACCGACUGCUUGCCCAGGGCAACUCCUAUCGUCUGAUCAUUGAGAAAGCACAAACCUCUGACUCUGGCAAGUAUAUGGUAAGAGCCACCAAUGCCGGCGGGGAGGCCAAAAGCAUCGCCGAUUGUGCCAUUCUGGAGCCAUCGCCGGAGCGCCUCCAAGAGGUCGUCAAGACCAUUGUGUAUGAGACCACGCCCACGGCCGCGCCCACGCCCAUCGCCACGGCCGCGACAGCAUCGGCCUUGAGCGAUUUUAAAACCGAAAAGCAGCCACAGCAGGAGCCACAGUCGUAUCAGAGCACUCAGAGCGAUGUGACCCAUGCGAACGACCUGCACGGCCUGUCCGAGUCGAAGGUGAUCACUGAGCAUCGUUGCACCACCGAGGCAACCAUGCGUCUAGAGCACAAGUCGGCCUUCAACCUGGAACUGCCCGAGCUGGCACCGCGACCCAAGACACCGCCCACCGCCGACACCACCGAUAGAGCCACCGAUAGAGCCACCGAUACAGCCACCAGCCACACCACAAACACUGCCGCCCCCACACAACAGAUACAGAUACCGAUCCAGACCCCCUUCACGGUCAGCUUCAAGACCGGAGUGACCCAAACCCCGCCGCCAGUGCCGCCCAAGCCCUGCACGCCAGUGGUGGCCGCACUCUAUGGCCAACAGCAGCCACAGCCACAGCAGCCACAGCAGAUGCAAACGCAGACCAACACCAGAUACGAGCAGAGCGAACACAAGUCCUCGUCGUCCUUCGACUACUUCAAGAAGAUCGACGAGGAGACCAUCACACAGCGCCCCAAGCCGCUGGCCUUCAAGCCCCUGGAGACGGUGGUGCGGCAGCCGCACGCCCAGAGCCUCGCGGAGGAGCUGCGAAGCCUCAAUCUCAUACCGGGCGAUGCGCCCGAGUUCCUCUACGAGCCGAAGGCCGAGCGGAGGGAGCCCAAGGUGCCGCUGAUCAACGAGAAGAUCAAGAUCCUGUCGGAAGUGCAGCCCAUGGAGCCGCCGCCGCAGGGCGGGGUGCCAGUGUUCCCGCCCCCCCUCGGAGCCCUGCAGAGCGUGCAGCACGAGACGACGCUCACGAAGGAGGUCAAAGUGGAGUACGGCCAGCCCAUAGUGCGUCCCGCGGCGGUCCUGGCCACGCCCGCCCAGCAGAACCCCCGUUCGCCCUCGCCCAAGCCCUCGGCCGAGGGCGUGGCCAUGUCCAAGCUUUGGACGCCAGCCGGGGUCGCGGCCCCACCAGCCGCCACGCCCACAAAGGAGCUGAAUGCCCCCUUCCUGGUGCAGCAGAUAGCCAAGAGCAUACCGCCCCAGUCGGUCACCCAUCUGGUGAAUGUGGACCUGGAGCCGGGCACGCCCCCGGAGAUCUGUUUCGCCCCGAAGCCGGAGGAGGCGGUGCGCCGCCGCUCGCUGGUGGAGAGCAUGGAGCAGAAGCUGGAGCAGAAUCUGCUGCAGGGCCCGCGCAAGGUGCUGCCGCACUCGGUGCCGACCCUAACGCCGCCCGCCGCCAGCGCCUACCGCCCGCCACCGCCAGUGCUGCCCACCCGGCUGGGCCUCUACGAGAGCGACUACGAGAGCGAUCGGUACAAGUACAGCGGCAGCGAGAGCGAUGCGGAGCCCAGGGCCCAGCAGAAGCCCCUCGCCGCGGAGACGGCGUCCUUCAAGUCGAGCGGCUAUGCGGCCGACACCGAGGAGCACUCGAACUAUAGGAAAUCCGAGAGCAGCUACUACGAAACGAAGACGUCUUCAUCGACCACCUUGGGUGGGGGCGCCGGUCCACAGAAGCUCCAGCCCGAGCCACCGGCAACGAUUUACUAUACCCCACAGGCGUCACAGGCGCCACAGCCGCAGCCACAGGCGCCACAGCCGCAGCUGCAACAAAAGCAAUCCCAAGAGGCGAAGGACUUCUUUAGCAGCUCGAAGGUGACCAGCAACUACAGCAGCAGCUCCUCGCACCACCAGGAGACCAAGUACUCGUCGACAGGGCCCGUCACGGUCCUGCCGCAGCCGAGUCCGGUGCCGGCCCAGCGAAAGACCCCGGCGGCAGAGUUCAGUGACUACAGCAGCGAGGUGGACGAACGCUUCCGCUCGGUGUCGCGCACCAACGAGUCGGAGGCGGACAUCAAGGGCUACCGCGUGGUCUUCCCCCCCACACCCACGCCGCGCACGAACGUGGCCACCAACGGGCACAAGUCCCCGGUGGUGGUGAUCACCCCCUCGCCCAUGGAGUUCGAGCCCAUGCCCCACGAGGGCCGCCCCAAGUUCGAGCCGAUUGGCAAGGAGAUUCGUCACGAGAUCAAGACGGAGAGCAGCACCAGCAGCAGCUCAAAGCAAUCCAAGUUCUUGCAACAGCAGCAACAGCAGCAGCAGCCUGUGUUCAAGCCCAAGCCUGUGGCAGCCAAGUUUAUAGCUGCCACACAGCAGCAGCAGCAGCAGCAGCCACAGCAGCACUCGCCUUCUCGUCCGACCAUGUACUACAAUGCUGUUGCUGGUGCCCCCAUGCAUCUGGCGAAGGUCGCCACCGAGACCAAGAACUCGAUGCAGAUGCACGAGUCCACCGAGAGCUCUCAGCGGGUGGUCAACAUGCAGCAGACAAAGCGCAUCAUUCACUUUGACAGCCAACAGCAGCAGCAGCAGCAGCCGUUGGAGCCCUUCCCCUACAGCCCAGCCCCGAGUCGCACGCCCUCGCGGCAGUCGCAUCUGCCGCCACCGGCCACGCCCACAAAAUUCAUACCCGGCGAGUUCCGGGAGAGCGACUACGAGAGCGAGGUGGAGGGCGGCCCGCGCAUCCAGCCGCUCUGGUCGCCCUACGGCGACGGCCUGACCCGGGGAUACCGCCGUGUGGCGCCGCCCCAGGGCUCGGCACGCUCCUGCAGCCUGCCACGCGCCUACGAGAGGGUGCUCUCCCCAAUGGAGUUCGAUCGGGGCCCCGAAAUGCCCACCAAGAUCCACGUGGAUGUGAACACUCUGCGGAAGGAGCAGCGGGGCGGCAGCACAGUCACCACGCAGCACAGCACCCAGUCCUUGAACAGAAACACCACGAUGAGGGGACAGCAUCAGCAGCAGCAGCAGCAGCAACAGCAGCAGCAGUCCAUGGAUCAGAUAGAUAGGGCUGGCACCCUGCCGCGUUGUGGAUACAACAGCAGCAGCAGCACCUUGCAACAGCAGGCUGAGGGUCAGGGCAAGCGCAUGGGCUCCACGUUCCUGCAGAAGUCCCAUCAAUUCAUCGAGGAUGUCAGCAGGGAUGUGCAGCAGCAGCAGCAGCAGCAGAGGAAUGGCCAUGGCCAUGUCCUGCGACCGGGAUUCAAGCGUGCCCCCAGCGAAGGCAGCAACCAGCCGCAGGCCUAUCGCGAUGAGUCGCGGGUCUCCCAAUACGGCACCAAAUGCAUCGACCCCAACACCGGUUUGAUCUAUUUCAAAUACGAUUUUGGCUACGAAUUCGGUAUACUCUUUCCCGGCGAGGGCCACAAGUUUGUCCAGAGCCAGUGGAACGGCAAGGGCAACGGCGGCCACGGGCCCAUCCAGAAUGGCGGUCGCCACUCGCCGUAUCCCCUGAAGCUGGCCCCGGGAAAUGAGCUGGUCAUACCCGUGCAGCACGAGCACACGGGCAGGGGUACGCCCACACCAGGCUAUGGGGCGACACCCGUCCAAGGCGCCACACCCGUCUAUGGCUACACUCCUGGCUAUAACUCCGCUCCUGGCUAUAACUCCGCUCCUGGCUAUAACUCCGCUCCUGGCUAUAGUUCCGACAAUGAAACACAACGUCGCCAUGUGGGACCCUCGGGCGUGCCGCGUUUGGCCGCUCGCUACAAUCCCCAGAAGCGCUACAGUCUGCCGAGCAGCCACAGCCACAGCCACAGCCUCGACAUACAUCUCGAUCGGUUGCACGCCCAGGCGCCGCGUCUCCCAACCGAACAGCAACUGGUCCGCACAGUGCCGGAACUGCCCAAUACGGAACCCGUCAAUGCCCAUUUGAGCCGCGAUGAGCAGGCACAAAGGCAGCCAUUAUUCAUAACGCCCCUGAAAGACAUUGCAGUGGGCGUUGGGGGCACAGCCCGUUUCGAAUGCAUUGUCCAGGCCCAUCCGCAGCCGCAGGUCAACUGGAGCCACAACGGCGGGCAUUUGGGGCACGGCAGUCGGCAUUUCAUUGAGUACCGGAACGGCGUGUGCCGUCUAACACUGCCACAGGCCUAUCCGGACGACAAUGGAAGCUACGUUUGCACCGCCAUGAAUCCGCUGGGAGCCGCCAGCACAAGCGGAAAUUUGAAUGUUUCGAGCACAAACCGUGGAUUUAGAUACUAAGAGGCAUACUACUAAUCGUACCACUAUUUAUUUAUUUAUAUUUAUAUGAUUUACUUUUAUUUGUUCAAUGCCAAAGUUUCGCCUUAUUGUAUUGUAUUGUAAUCGUAUUCGUUCGAGGUUCAUUGUGGACUCCCAAAAACUCCAUCUACAGAUAUACGGUUCACGAUCGGAUCGGAUCGGAUCAGCCCACGAAGGACCAUUAUUAAGGAUGCAUGCAUAUAAACAAAAGGAAUUAUAGUAUUACUUGUGUUUUUUUUUUGUCGAAAUAUCAAAAUAAAUCAAUAUAUUAAAACGAA